AUGAGUCAAGGGAGUGGAGAAGCAGCUGAGAAGAAGAGUGAGCCGCCACCAUCCAAGAUUGAGGCAUUGGAUGGCUCCAACUAUGAGGAAUGGAGUGGGCGGAUGAGGAGCGCCUUCAUGCGCUACAAGCUGCUAAAAUUGGCUAUGGGAGAAGAGAAGAUGCCGGAGGAAGGAGAUGCCCGCGAUCGGUGGAUUGAGCGGAGCGCGGUGCUGUACUACUUGAUUCUACAGUCGGUCAACAACGACAUGUUCCAGCAUAUCAAGGAUUUGGUGGAGCUCGAUGACUCGGGACCGAAGGCGUGGAAGCUGCUACGCGACGUGGUUCAACCCAACACGCUGCCGAUGGUGAUCCUAUUGGAGAAGGAGUUGGCUGCCCUCUCCAUGCGGCUGGGAGAUGAUGUGAAGCCGGUCCUUGACAAGAUCAAGGACACCUAUGCGAGGAUGGCAGCAGCGGGCAGCGAAGUGUCGCAGAUGCAACAGUGCACCAAGAUCAUCUCGGUGCUCGACAACUCGUGGGACAACCUCAUCCCCACCCUCAACGUUCAGCAGGACAAAUGGACGCCUGAGAGGCAGCAGAGGGAGAGGGGGAGGGAGAGGCCGAGGCCGUGGGAGAGGCUUUGGCAGAGGGAGAGGCCGAGGUGA